UAUUAGUUUUCUUUUAUUAAAUAUGUCUAUACAGUAUUUAUUUUUUAUUUCUUUAGUUUUAGUUAUUUUAGUACUUCAGUUUACUUUAUGAAAAUAAGAAAUGUUGCUUUGGUAACUUGCUGAAAAGAAAUUAUGUACUUUUUUAAAUAUAUUUUAUUUAAAGUAUAACUCAAAUGCUUUUGUUAUUGUUUUAGUUUAUCGUUUCAUUUUUAUUUCAAGUAAUUAACAUUUUUUUAUAGUUUCAGCUGGCAGUAAUACCACUGGCAUGCAUGUCUGCUAAUGUCUGUAUAUAAAUACAUCAGAGAGCGUGUGUAGUAAAGGGUUUAAUGACUUUGCAGUAAUUCCAUUACUUAUCUGUAUUAAUGGCUUUGGCUCAGCUGUAGUGACAAUGACAGCUGUUUGUGCAAACAUCACUCUGAGCACUUUCACGUCUCUCUCUCAUCCUGACCAGAUUGCAGGACGAUUCAGAGCUCAAAACCGGAGCUAAAUAGAGAAAGCCAUCGACGGAAUGAAACAUUAAGAACCUGAAAUAUGUUUCUCCUGAGGCAGAACAUCUCAAAGCAGCACGUGAGCAGUGACGUCGCACCGAGAACCGCUGCACGCAAACCCAAUUCCGAUGACUCCAAGAGGCAGAUGCGACGAAAAGCCAGCUGCGUUGAAAAUUUAUCAUCCGUCGAUCGAAUCCGCAAACAUGCGACCAGACAUCUGGGCUACAGCACGCUCAGCCUGGCCAUGCGAGGUCUGGAGGAGAUGCCGGACGAAUUGUGGGAGCUCCAGGAGCUCCAGAAGCUCAACGUCUCCUUGAACGCUCUCUCUGUUCUCCCAUCCAGCUUGGGGAACCUGGAGAACCUGGUGAUCCUCAAUGUGUGGGGGAACGAGAUGCUCAGCCUCCCGCCGGAGAUCGGACGGCUCGGGAAGCUGCGAGUGCUCUUCGCUCACAUGAACCGGCUGAGCGAAGUUCCAGAGGAACUGGGAUGCUGCUCCAACCUGGAGGUCCUGAGUUUGGCCAACAACCAGAUCAGCACGCUUCCCAACAGCCUGUCGGAGCUUCGCCGGCUCACCAAGCUCAACCUCAGCCACAACCACAUCCAACACGUCCCGGCCUGCGUCUACAGCAUGAGGAGCCUGGUCUUCUUGCAUCUGGCCAACAACUGUCUAGAGAACCUGGCCGAUAAGAUCCAGGAGCUGGUGAACCUGAAGAUCCUGAUCGUGGAGCAGAACUCAUUGCACACUCUUCCCAGGACGCUGUGCUGCCUGACGGGGCUGGAGCUGCUCAACGUGGACUUCAACCGGCUGCAGAGCGUUCCUGAUGAGAUCUACAAGCUCCGCAGGCUGGAGAAGCUCGCCUGCCAUCCACUGGACAAAGGCCUGCAUAUCGUCCACAACCCACUGGUCAAGCCCAUUAAAGAGGUUCUGCAGGGAGGUCUAAAGGCACUUUAUAACUACCUCAAACCUGCAUGAAGAUCAUUCGCAAAGAAGAUGCAAAUCGGAUUGAUUUUUGUGAGUCAAAGCAGUGCAAAAAUGACUUUCUUCCUCUGUAUUUUUGUCUUGUUUUCCAAUUCAGAUAUCUAAGAAAAAAAAACAUAUUUACUAAUGUUUUCUGAAAAAUGUUGCAAAUUUGUUUAAAACAGGAGGAAUUUUCCCUUUGAAUUAAGUUUAUUUUUCUGACUCCACUAGCAGAUAUUUUUCUUGUUAUAAAUAUAAAUGUGCUUAUUUUGUCAGAAAACAAGACUUUGUAUUUUAAGUCAUUUUGCUUCAGUAAACGUAUCUUGAUUUAAGAAUCUUGAGAUAUUUUUAUUGGAAAACGAGAAAAAUACUGAAGAAGAAAAUCAUUUUUUGCAGUGUGUACAGAGUAAUAAUUAUUUUUCAAAGUAAAUAAACGCGGAGUCAUUAUGAUCUUUUUUAACAUUUACACUGUAAAAAAAUGUUUUUUUUUGUAUUUGUGUUUUUAUUUUAUUUUUUUACAGUUAAAUAAAACAAGUAUUACAUUUUAAAUGUAAUUGUUUUACAAAAAAAUACUAUUUUAGUCUUUUAAGUUCAAAAUUUUGUGUGUAAUUCAGUGCUUGCUUUUUCCUUUGUAUUUGUGAAAUUUACUAGCAAUUUCUGAGUGAAAAUUGUUUCAAUAAAAUAGAUAAGGUGUAGGGGCCUGUUUUUAAUGUUAUUAUUUAAUUUUAUAUUAUUUUCCAUUUUCAACUGAAUUUUAAUUUUCUUUUUUAGGGUAGUUUUUAUUAAUUUGUAUAUUUUUAAAUUCUAUUUAGAUAUUAUUUAACCCACUGGUCAAGCCCAUUAAAGAGGUUCUGCUAGAAGGUCUGAAGGGACUUUAUAACUACCUCAAACCUGCAUUAAGAUCAUUCGCAAAAACGAUGUGAAUCGAACUGUUUGUCAAAGCAGUGCAAAAAUGACUUUCUUCUUCAGUGUUUUUGUCUUGUUUUCCAGUUCAAAUAUCUAAACGUUUUUAAAUAAAGAUAUAUUUACUAAUGGCUUGAGUCUUGUUUUCUGAAAAAUGUUUCGGAUUUGUUUAAACAAGAAUUUUCCCAGUGAAUUAGGUUAAAAAUGACUUUCUUGUUUUUGUCUUGUUUUCCAGUUCAAAUAUCUAAACAUUAAAAAAACAAAACAUAUUUACUAAUGUUUUCUGAAAAAUGUUGCAAAUUUGUUUAAAACAAGAAGACUUUUCCCUGUGAAUUAAAUGUAUUUUUCUGAACCCAUUUGCAGAUAUUUUUCUUGUUUUGAAUGUAAAUUUGCUUAUUUUUUAAACCAUUUGUCAGAAAACAAGAAUUUAUCUAAAGUCGUUUCGCUUGUUCAGUAAAUGAAUCUUAACAAUAAGUAAAUAAACAGUCAUUAUGUGCAUUUUUAACAUUUACAUUGUAAAAAAUAUAUAUAUUGAAGUUAAAUAAAACAAAGAUUACAUUUUACUAGAAAAUGAUAAUUGAGGUAUAGGUUUUACAAGAAAAUACUAUUUUAGUCUUUCAACUUCAAAAUUUAAUGUGUAAUGCAAUGUUUUGCUUGCUCUUUCUUUGUAUUUGUGAAAUAUACUAGCAAUUUCUGAGUGAAAAUCGUUUCAAUAAAAUUUUGUUUCUAUUUUCAGUGUAGGGGCCAGUUUUUAAUAUUAUUAUUCAUUUUUAUAUAUAUUCUUCACCUGAAUUUUACUUUGUUUUCUUUUCUUUUUUGGGUAGUUUGUAUUAAUUUGCUUUUUUUUUUUUUUAAUUCUAUUUAUAUAUCAUUUAGUUUUAUUUUAGUUUUAAUAAUUGUUAUUUUAAUGAUUAUCCUGUAAGUACUUCAGUUGACUUGCUGAAAAUUGAAACUGAGACACUGAGAUGCGAAUGUACUUAUUAAAACAAAUAUAACUAAUAUUUAUUAUUUACAUAAGUACUUUUAAUAUAAUAAGUACUUGCUUUAAUAUAAUUGAGAUAAAUUUAAUUCACAUAUACGUAUGUCUGUGAUUGGCUACAAAGCUCAAUGUUGCAAAACCACAUUAUAAAUAUAAACCUUUAAUGCUCUAUAAGUGCAUACACAAAUAUGCUUGGGAACUAAAUAUGAAAAUUAAAUUUAGUUCAUGUGUGACUAUUUCUAUUUCAGCAAGUUUUAUAGGCAAGAAAUUCAUCUAAUUUUCAUGUCUUAUUUUAGUUAACAAAAUGUUUUAUUACUUUUUUGUUAGAAAAAGAAAAAAAGACAGCACAUGAAAAAGGUGGGAAAAUACAAAUGGAAGAUGGAUUCACUGAAAAGGUUUACUUAAAAUUGCAAAAAUAAAUAAAUAAAAUUUGAAAUAGGUGCUGAAGCAGAAGGUCACUGUGACCAAUCCGUUGCCAUUUCUUGCCAUUUUCAGUAAAUUUGUAGCUUUACCUUGUUGCUUUCCCUUCUUCUUUCCCUUCUUUGACCUUUUAUCGCAUUUUAGAGUGGCCUUUUAUUGUGGCCAGCCUAAGGCACACCUGUGCAAUAACCAUGCUGUCUAAUCAGCAUCUUGAUAUGCCACACCUGUGAGGUGGAUGGAGUAUCUCAGCAAAGGAGAAGUGCUCACUAACACAGAUUUAGACAGAUUUGUGAACAAUAUUUGAGCGAAAUAGGCCUUUUGUGUACAUAGAAAAAGUCUUAGAUCUUUGACUUCAGCAAAAACAAAAUUUUUGCAUUUAUAAUUUUGUUCAGUGUAUAUUAGUGGUGUCAACGCAUGCGAUUAAUCUAAAAAUUAAUGUGUUAUUAUUUUUUUAACGCAAAUUAAUCAUUUGAUAAUGUUUGACCCCAACUUCUUCCCGUCAUCGCAGAGCGGAAAGUUAUCCAUCAUUGUGUGAUGAGGGUACAGCGAACCAGUGUUGCCAGGGUCGCAGCACAAGUGGGCUAUUUUAAAAAUACAGUCGCAGGAAAAAUUACAGAGCUGUGGGUUGCAGUUUUUUGAUCUACUUUUAUAAUGUAUGUUUAUAAUGUACCUUGGAAUGUAUCCCUGGCAACUUAAGAACGGAGAAGCGGUUGUAACAUCACAAACAACGACCCAGCCGGCAUUUCAACGUUGAUUCACCGUUGAAACAACGUCAGGUACCAUGGUUGAAUCAACGGUGAAUUACCUUUCGAUUUUGCAAAACGGAUCAACGUUGAUAUUGUGACGUCGUUUCACCGCGGAACUAACAACGUUGAUUCACCGUUGAAAUCGCGACGUUGUUUCACUCUUACCUUUCGGGUUAUGGUCUUAUGUCGACGUUGAAUCAACGUUGAAUUACCUUUCGAUUUUGCAAAACGGAUCAACGUUGAUAUUGUGACCCUGUUUCACCGGCGUACCUUUCAACGGUCGAUCGUCGUUAAAUGUCCAAGCAAGCAUUCACUUUGGAAAUUGUUAAUAUUGCAAUUUAGCUUAAACGUCAACACUGAGAUGUAAACUAUGAUUUUCGGUGCAUAUUUUGUUUUUUCAGUAACUAAUAAAACUUGCUGUACAUCAAUCGGACGGCAUAAAAAAAAAGGAAAAAAAAAAAAAACAUUCUAACAAUUAGAUGUCCAUAAAUCUGCAGUGAUGAGAUGCUUUAUUUUCUAAAAUUGGAAAAAUAAUUUUCUUAGAAUUUAAAUAUACAGUAUAUAGUAACACUUUCACAGAAUUUCUUGAGAAAAUUCUCACUCAACAACAAAGCACUUUAUUAAGGGUUUAAUGAUAUAUCAGAAUGCAGAGAGGAAAAGCUUUUCAUUCUAAUUUCAUACACACUGCAAAGAUUCACACAAUAUAUAUAAAUAAAUAAUUAUAAAUAUAGUUUGGAAACUUGCUCAAGUCUGUUUGACCAAAAAUAUAUAAACCAUCCCAUACAGAAGUCACAUAGAUCGAAAUAUAUUUUUAAUAACUAUAUUUUGAUAUAUUUAAAUAUCUUAAAUUCAAAUAGAAGAAAAUAUAUUUUAUACAAUAUAUGUAAAUAUAUUUUAAAAUAUAUAUUAAAAAUAUAUUUAAAUAUUUGAUUUUGGCCGCUUUUUAAUAUUUUUCACAUAUAUUCAAUAAAUAUUUUUUUAUCGGAAAUAUUUACAUAUAUUUAUUUCCUUUAUAUGUAAAUACAUUUAGAUAUCAGACUAUGUAAAUAUAUUAAUUUGCAAUAUUUGUCCAUACAUUAAUUUCUAAUAUUUGUUAACAUAUUACAUUUCUGUACAUUUAAAUAUAUUAGAUUUCUAUAAAUGCAAAUAUAUUUUAAAGCAUUAAAAUAUUCAACUAAAUAAACUUAAACAUGUUUCAUAGAAUAUAUUCCUGUUUACUCAAACUAUAUGUAACUAAAUUAAAUCUCCACACAUGUAAAUGUUUUCAUUAUCGAGAUUAUAAUUUGCCCCUUCAUAAUAAAUAGAAUACAAACAACAUUUGGACACUGAAAAACUGGAAAACUCUCCAGACAAUGUAACUUAAAAACAGUGACAAUAUAAACUGACUUAUUAAUAUAAAGAGUACAUUUAUCAACACCAGUUCAGCAUGAGCCAACAAAAUUAUGAAUGCUUAUGAUGUUUCUGGCACAUAAAUGAAAGAUUAUCCUUCUGUAAGCAUCCAGGGUCAAAAUAUUAUGCACAAAUAUGCAAGUCUUAGUAGGCAUACAACACACUGUAUUUAAAUAUUUAAGAUCCAUCAUUAACUAUGUACAAUUUCUCAACUAAUCAAAUUCUCCUCUAUUCAACCAUUCAAAUUGGUGUUUGGUAAAGAGUUUUUGGCUCAAAGUCUGCAUUUAAAGUCACACCAGAGGUGUUCAGCUGGGAAUAGGACUAGGCUUUCUGCAGACCAGUCAAGUUCUUCCACACUGACUCAAUCAAUCAUUUCUUUUUGAACCUUGCCUUAUACACAGAGGCAUUGUCAUGUUAGAAUAGAAAAGGGUUCUGUCCAAACUGUUGCUUUAAAAUUAGAAGCACACAAUUCCCUAGAAUAUCACUAUAUGCUUAAACAUCAAGAUUUGUACUCAUGGAAAUUGCUAAAGUAG